UGUUUGUAGAAGUGAACCAGUCGGGGCCAAUCAUGGAGCCUGAGCUGAACUGCAGCUCCCACUGUGAUUCCCCACUUUGCUUCAUCCACUCAGGAAUCAACAGGCAGGAGGGUCUCCAUCUUCUGCAGAGACUAUGCAGUCUCAGUACGAUGGUGGUGGAGCGCCCGAGGCGGUCCCUCUCCCCAGUGCUAAGUGCUGUGGUGUGGACGCUGCUCUCCUGUGGCAUCCUGCUGGCAUUCUGCUUCCUUCUCUUCACCCUGCGCUUCAAAAACAACAGGAUAGUGAAGAUGUCCAGUCCAAAUCUGAACAUCCUGACUCUCUUUGGAAGUCUCCUCACUUAUAGCAGUGGCUUCCUGUUUGCUGUCGAUGAACGAACACACUCACAGGGUGGACCGUCUGCAGCUGUGCUACAAGCUCGAAUGUGGACUCUUUGUGUCGGCAGUACCCUGGUGUUUGGACCAAUUUUGGGGAAGACGUGGAGACUGUACAGAGUGUUCACCCAGCGAGUGCCUGACAAGAGAGUGAUCAUCCGAGACAUCCAGCUGAUGGGCAUGGUGGCUUUGCUGAUCCUGGUGGACACGCUGGUUCUCACCACCUGGAACCUCACAGACCCCAUCAGGUGUUCACGAUCUGUUACAGCUGUUGUCAAGGUGGUGGAAAGAGACAUUUCCUACUCUUUGUCUCAGUUGGACUCAUGUUCCUCUACAUACUCAGAUCUAUGGGCUAUCAUCAUUGCUGUUCAGAAGGGUUGUCUUCUCCUCUAUGGCACUUACCUGGCUGGGCUGACCAGUAACGUCAGCCACCCUCCAGUCAACCAGUCUCCCACCAUCAUAACUGCCGUCACUUUGGUCACCCUCUCCUCUGCCGUGGUCGUCCCUGUGUCCGUCUUCUUGCAGGCCUGGCCCAACCUGGUGUACAGCACUGUAGCUGGAGCCAUCUUCAUCUGCACAUUGGCUACUAACUGUAUGCUGUUUGUGCCUCAGCUAACCCAGUGGCGUCAAUUCGAAGAGGAUCAGAACAACCCAGGUCAGAUGGCCAAGUAUUUCAGCAGCCCCAGUAAGAGCCAGCCAUCUGUGUACAGCCAGGAUGAGAUCUACUACCUAAUGGGGGAGAACAGCUCCAUGAAGAAACUCCUUAAUGAGAAAAAUGCUGUGAUUGACAGUCUGCAGGAGCAGGUGAACAAUGCCAAGGACAAACUCCUGCGGCUCAUGUCGGCCAGCCAGCCCUGCGAGGACAUGGACUCCUCCGCCACCAACCUCAACUCCUCCUCGACUCAGACCACAGAGCUUCAGUCUGACGGCCCCUCUUCUUCUUCUCUACCUCAUAGAGAAACUAAAUCUCAACUCUCAUCUCCUCGCCUCACUCCUGCUGCUGUUUCAGCACCGUCCUCUGAGCAUCACACAACUCCAAACUCCUCAAACCCCAUUACUGCUUCCUCCCCUCUCCCUAAUGAUCUGUAUGUGGGUGAAAAUCAAAAGAGUGCCUCUAUCCGUGGCCAUACAGACAAUGACACAGAGUCCAGAACAGGGGAGGAUCUCGAACAGCCCGUGUCCCUACCAUCUUCUGGAUUACUCAGGACGGCAGAGGAGACCGUUAACUUUGUCACUUCAUUACAAUGCCGUAGAGGAUUAAACCCAUUUCAGGUUGAAACUUUCGGCAAUCGCAGUGGCUCAACAUCUCAGCUGGGACCAAAUGUCAGACCAACUGGUUUUGUUAGCAGCGAACAGUUGCAGGAGAUCCUCCAGGAGCUAAGCUUGGAUGCAGUCGUUGAAAGUGCGCUGCGAUCUCCAGGUCAAACAACCAGAACGCCCUCUCAGCUAAGAUUUACAGAAGCCUCCAUGCUGUCACCUCUCUCCCUGCGGACACCAUGCUCCCCUCAUCCGCCUGUUCUCUUCCGCUACCCCAGCAUCUCACCCUACGUGAUGAGGAAACGGCGGCCGCCCUUCAACUCAUCUAGAAGAGGUUUGACCCCUCCUUGCUUCUACACAGGUUGUGGGAAGACAAGGCAAAACUGUGAAAGCCAGAACCCUGGCAAGCGCCAUGAUGGGGUGACUGUGGAUGGUACCCUUCUCCAGGUUCGCAACAGUGACCUUGAGCGAGAAGAGGAGGAGGAGGAGGAAGAGGAGGCACCAGAAAGGCACAGAGUGAUAAGAAAAUGUCGGAGGUGUGUUUCUAGGUCUCACAGUUGUUCAGCAUUGUGUUGUACAGAACACGAUCACACACCUCGACCUGAUGCAGAAGCGGCUGGUGAUAACGAGCAGCACCACAGACACAUUAGAAACUCCUGUGGGUACUGGGACUCAGACUCCAGCAGCUCAACAGACUACUGUUACUACCACCGCCCGUACUGUGAGUCUUGCCUGCAGCGGGGCUCGCUCCUGUCCUCUGACAGCUCCUCAGACUCCUCCGACAGCGAGUACGAAGGCUACACCGGCCUCUACCGCUCCCCACACCCAGUGGUAUUCAAAGAGGACCUCAAACCCACCUUUGUGUGAACACAGGUUUACUGCACUUUACAGGUUCAUCCAUUUCCACCACUUGAAUUCAUGGCCUAAAAAUAUUGAUAUCAGCUUUGAGGAUAGACAAAGUUGAAUUUGCACAAAACUACUGUGCAUCUAUAAUGGGAGAUAAUUUGACUGUAGCUUUCAAUAGGAAUGUGUUUUGCAUUCUGAAUGAAGAGUCGCAUUGUGGGACAGAGACUAUUAGAUUAGAUUUGUGAAAUAUUUUGUAACUCAAAAGCACAUAAUGCUGUUUACUUUUUAAUAUUCCUUAUGGUCUUAUUUGUAUAUUUCUGCUGUCAGAUGAAAACUCUUACAUUACAAAAACUACUAAGUCUGACAUUUAGAGAACAAAUAAAAAAGCCAGAAAGUAAAAUUAAAGGUUUCACAGAGCAGUUGAAAUGUGCACUAUAUUAGCUAUUAUGCAGAUUCUAUAUUUAUUUUAAUAUUUAUUAGUAGAUGGUUUGGUGUACAGACGUUUCUUUCUGUCUCCUUUUUUUUUAAUAGUUUUACAUUGUCAUCAACAUUACUUAAAAUGUUGCUAUGCCAUUUUAUUGCAUUUUGUUGUUUUGAGUUUGGCUUUAAUUUUCAACGCCCUGCAUUGUCUAUACAGUGCUCUACAUUUGUUGUCACAUGCUGAGCAAUAGGUGAAAACAGGUCAUUGAUAUCACUUAUAUACAUGCAAUUUUUUUCUCAGUGUUAUUGUCCAUAUUCAUUCAGAGCAUGUAAUGUGCAACGAUCACACUUAUCUGUAGUGUAUGUCUCAUGUCUGUGAGUGAGUGACUGUGUAUGAGAUAGAGAGAGUGCCCUGCUGCCCUUUGGUCUUCAAGUCAUCCACAAGACUUCAUGUUCAUUCUGCAUCUUCUCCUGUUUUAUACUAUAUUUACGUAAGGGUCACCACAGCAUGAACAGCCAAACAGAAAGUGUAUAAAACACUGGCUUGAUGCAGGCCUAGAUCAGCCUGCAAGGGGGUAAUGGGGGCAAAAAGGAGCCCUUACCAAGCCCUUUCUCACAGUCCCCCAACAUUAAUCAACACUUAAUGACAGAUUGGGGAGUUUUCAUGAUAUCUCUGCAACACAGACAAAAACAGAACAGUAUACCCUCUCCCCCUCUUGUUUUAAAUUUCUCUUUCCUGACUUGCCCUUUUCUCCCUCACUCCCUCCCACUAUCUCCUCUCUGUAUUUUUUGCUCUUCCUCUAAUGGGAAAAUCUGUGUUUGCCGGGGGAGGUGUUGCUAUGAAGGGAAAACAGCGUCUUCCAUUACUUCUGCUCAGCUGCCUGUUUUUGAGACGCUGCUGCUCUCUAUUCUGCAUAUGAACCAUUGAAGGGCAGCCUGGGAGAAAUUCCCUUUCAUAUAAAGCAUAACGGAGUAUAAAUAAACCGCACAAAAGACUGACUACCAGCAUCAUUCUGCAUCAGAGGGAAAGACUUCCCUGCAAAGCCUAGAUAAGUGACCUGCAUUCUGUUUCAGAUGAGGAAAACAGGCAUAUUGAAGAACUGUGGAAUAAAAAUAGUUGUCAUUCAGUCACACACACAUUUCUUUCCCCAGAUAACACUAUAGUCCAUGGCUAUCUACUAUAUCAUUCAACAUUUAUUACAAAAUGAGAAAUAGAUGAGGAUUAGUUCUCACAGAUGUAACCUCAAAUCGUUUGUGGUAAUCAGAGAAGCAUAAAAUACAUCUAAUGAGUUGCCCGUUACAGUGGGUUAAGUUGUAACUAAUGGUUUUAUUAAUGCUUUAGCUAAUGCUAAUGUUUUGUUGUUCAGUGAAAAGCCAUUAAUAAGAACAUUUUUUGUGGAUUGCCAGAUUGUGAAAAUUCUCUGUGGCUGAUUUGACUAUUUUGCAAUAAAGAGCUGUAGAGGGCUGGGACCAAAGUCCAUAUUAACAA